AUCUCCCCCAUGUCUUUUUUCUUUCCCAUCGAGAGAGAGAAAACCACAAAAUUCCCCAAAAUUUGUCUUUUCUAUCUCCCCAUCAACGCAACACGCCAGACUCCAGCUCCUUCAUCCUCAUUCUCUUCUUCACAGAGCCACCAAAGCUCAAGGCAACUAGAGGAUACCGAAGUGGAGGGCAUAGAGGAAUUGUUGGUGAGGAAUGGUGGGGCACCAUGCUAGUUUCGAUUACCCUUUGGUGAUGCUAAGCAUUGGUCUCUCUCUCUAAUCUACCUAGCGAUGAUUGCAUCAACACGUCAUUUCUUCUCUGGCAUUGUUACCUCUCAAGUACUAAUCGAUUUGUCAUUCACCCCUCUCACUUGCUAGCUCUCUAUUUCUCUUCCAAAGCAAAUUCCAUAUUCGAUCGAUUCCAAUUAGCAGCUUUCUUUCUCUAAUUUGCCUUUGGGUACUAUA